UCUGGAGCUGGGUUCGCUGAGUGAGGGAGGCUGUGCUUCUCCGAGCGAGCUGCUCCGGGUUGACUCCACUUUUGGAUAUCUUGCUGCCGGUGGACCGCACGAUGACUCUGGAAGAAAUCCGCGGCCAGGACACAGUUCCAGAAACUACAGCUAGGAUGCAGGGCGCCGGGAAAGCGCUGCACGAGCUGCUGCUCUCCGCGCAGCGCCAGGGCUGCCUCACUGCCGGCGUCUACGAGUCCGCCAAGGUCCUGAACGUGGACCCCGAUAACGUGACCUUUUGCGUGCUGGCUGCGGACGAGGAGGACGAGGGCGACAUCGCGCUGCAGAUUCACUUCACGCUCAUCCAGGCGUUCUGUUGCGAGAACGACAUCGACAUCGUGCGCGUGGGCGACGUGCAGCGGCUGGCGGCGAUCGUGGGCGCCGGCGACGAGGCGGGCGCGCCGGGCGACCUGCAUUGCAUCCUCAUUUCGAAUCCCAAUGAGGACUCGUGGAAAGACCCUGCGCUGGAAAAGCUCAAUCUGUUCUGCGAGGAGAGCCGGAGCGUUAACGACUGGGUACCCAGCAUCACCCUUCCUGAGUGACAGCCAUGAGCGGCGGGAGGACCUUGGUCUGAUCGACGUGGUGACGCUCCGGGGCGCCUAGCACGCUGCUGGCUCCGCGGAGGGGCCCUCGGAGGGCGCCCAAGUGCGCGCGGCGUGGAGACGGCAGGCCCGCGGGGCGCCUGGAGAGCGAGCGAGCGAGCGAGGACGCGGCGCCCGAGGCGAGAGGCUCGGCGGCGGCUCGGCGGACUGGACACUUCCGAACCCAGGACUCAGCAAGGGUCCCGAGCGGCUGCUGCUCGCCCUGGAAGGCUGAGACUGGGACGUUGGUCGCAGGGCCAGGAAGGACUUGAUUGGCCGGGUACCCUUGUGACUCAGCGGCCGGUGCUCUGGGCUGGAAGGAGGGGAAAGGUCUGGACUUGGUACAGCGGCGGGAGUAUGUCGGACUUGGCAGGCUUGCACAACUUUUUCAGGACGGAUCUGGGCAUUGCUUCGUUUUUCUCAAGGAUGCUGUCAUUGAAGUUUUGAGUUUUACAAUAAACUUAUUGAAAUAAACUGA